AUGUCCGACGUUUUCCAAACUGAGAUUAGUAAAGUCGAUUAUAGUGAUCCGCAAGAAGCCAUCGAUACUAUUAAUACCUGGUGGCAUAGCCAUGCAGAGAGUGAUGCGUAUGACAUUAUCAACCCUGGUGAUGUGAGUAACAGGACGGUUUUGGUACUUGCCAAUGCCAUCGAGUUCAAAAGUCACUGGGCAACGGCAUUUCAUGACGAGGCAAAACAUUUACAUCCUGUCUAUGAUAACAAUGGAAGAGUUCAUCAUCAUCAAACGAUGUAUACCUUACAGAGCAUGGAACAUCGAGUUUUCAGACGUGUUGGAAUUGUAUUUGUUGAGAUACCUUACAAGGAGGCGGAUCUCAGCUUAGUAUUGAUCAUGUCCAGUAAUGCAUCAGAAAUGACAAUUCUUGACCACCAUUUUGAUCUCGGCGAUCUAUUCAAUAUGUCAAGGAAUGACCAUGUUGAUUUUAAUUUGCCUAAAUUCAAAAUUGAAUCGACAAUUGAUUUGACCGAUUUUUUAAAAGGACCGGAAAUUAAUGACAGAUUUAACAGUUUUACAGGAAUAACUUCUCGUCCCUUGAAAUUUUCCAGCAUAAAGCAAAAAACGUACAUCGAGAUCGGCGAAAAAAGUACCAAAGCAAUGACCGUCACGAUUAUUACAAAUGAUGAGUCGAAAAGUCAAAAACCCGAAGCUCCAGAAGCACCCGUUAAUUUCAAAGCCGGCGUGCCGUUCUACUUCGCGAUUGUCAAACAUUUGAAUCCCCAAGAUUAUGUUGUCCUGUUCAAUGGACAUUACAAGAAUGUUAAUUAA